GGUGGGGGGCGGGGGGGGGGCUAAAGUAAGAGAAGGAAGUGAGGAGGAGGGACCAGAAGCAGAUCGGCGGUGUGAGCGGACACUCCAGACUCGGGGACGAUUCCAGCGCCGAGGAAGUUGGAGGCUCUCGUUGCUGCCUCGGGUUCUUCCUUCAGAGCAGUAAUGCGCACUCAGGGGCGCCGGAUUUCUGAAACCUCGCUCCGUGUCUCCCGCUCAGAAACGCACCGUGAGAGGUCCAGAGGAGUCACGCACCUCUGCGGCCAGCGACGACACAGGUAGUGGGAAAGAAAAAAAAAAAAAAGUUUCCCGGAAGAACCAGUUCUGCAGGUUUAUUUCUCUAGAUCUGAUUUCAAAGCGAGAGAGGACACACAUGCACUUGCUUACUCUUUUGAGCAAGUAGAUAUUUUUUAAGUUGUUUUUUCUUUUUAAAUUUAAAAUUUUAUUAUUAUUUUUUUUUUAAUGGAAAAGAAGAAGAUGUCAGAUUUUAUGAAGAAGUGGCUGUGCGUGGCGAUGGACGUGGUGUGCGUUCUGCUCGCGUCCCUGCCCUCCAUCAUUUUGACGGUUAGGUUCAAGCCUUAUCAACGGGGGAUUCAUUGUGACGACGAGAGCAUCAAGUACCCGCUCAAACCAGACACCAUCUCCCACAGCAUGAUGGGAGUCAUGACCAUCACCUGCACUGUCAUUAUUAUCUCCUCUGGAGAAGCUUAUCUAGUCCACAAAAAGAUAGUUUACUCAAAUUCAAAGUUUAAUCAGUAUGUAGCAGCACUCUACAAGGUGGUGGGAACCUUUGUGUUUGGAGCAACUGUCAGCCAGUCGCUCACGGACAUCGCCAAGUUCACAAUCGGCCGUCCGAGGCCUAACUUUAUGGCCGUGUGCGCGCCGAAGAACUGCACGGGAUACGUGCUGGAAAUCAACUGCACAGGCCAGUUGCACGAAGUCACAGAGUCGAGAUUAUCUUUUUAUUCUGGACACUCCUCCUUUGGAAUGUACUGCAUGCUCUUCCUGGCGCUUUACGUGCAGGCCAGACUUGCAGCGAAGUGGGCCAGACUUCUGCGGCCCACCAUCCAGUUCUUCCUGGUGGCCUUCGCGGUGUACGUGGGUUACACCCGAGUCUCUGAUUACAAGCACCACUGGAGCGACGUGGUGGUGGGGCUGCUGCAGGGAGCUCUCGUUGCCGUGCUCAACGUUUGCUUUGUGUCCGACUUCUUCAAGAAGCGCCAUGCGCAUGGCUCGAGCCCAGACGCGGGGAGCUGCGAGGAGCCGGAGAGGAAACCGAGCCUGCAGAUUGCAGACGCUGAGCACGGCAACCACUGCGGCUACCGCAACGAUCCCGGCCCCUUGUGAUGAGAGGCGUCGGCUCCCUUGGCUUGCAGCCUGCAGACACCCAAACCUGUGCAAUAGGUUCCCGACGCAGGAGCCGCAGCUCCGUUUGUGCGGUCUGCUGCUUUUAGUUCAAGUCUCGAUUCCAAUUCUGGAAAUGUUACAAUUUCUUUGUUUUGUUUUUGUUUUUUUUGACUUCAUGAGCUCAUCAGCUCUUCUUCUCCUUUUUUCAACCACUCAUUCUGCAUCUGCUCCACUGGAAUGAUUAAGAGGGGACGCCGCCCCUGUCAAGGAAAACACAAUAACCUCUGCUUCCCUUGUAAAGGAGAAGAGAGCACAUUGCCUUCCAAGCAUCUUUCUUGAAGUUGCAUUUAGAGGACUCUAAACUCACUGUAGCAAAGCUGUAGUUCAGUGUAACCACGUAGAAUAAUUGUUGCUCAUAUUGUCGCAAACAAAUUACACCCGGGAGGUACAGUGUGUGCCUUCUUGCAACCUUGUGAAAGAAAAAAAAAAAACUGAUGUCCUCCUCCUUAUCGCCUGCUUCUGAGAAAGCUGCAUUUGUUAAUUCAUAUCCAGUAAGCUAACUAUUCUGUAAGACGAGCUUUAUUUCACAGGUCGGUAUUGGAAUAUGUGGCUGAAAUUCAGUUUUAACAACCUGAAAGAAACAGAUAUCUCUGCAAGUAGUUUUUCAAAGUGAUUUAAAAAAAAACAGUAAAAUAGUGUUAGAAAAUUUAGCUUGCUGAAGCUUGCAUUUGUUCCGGUGUUUUUCAGUUUUGUGUGUGAAAAUUUGACCGGUUCGCAGUGAGGGAGAAUUACAACUCAACUAUGAAUGUCUGUAAAAAAAUAUAUAUGGUUUGGUUUACGUAUUAGCAAACAUUUUUAGUGCACCUUAAAUGUUCACGAGAUGAGACAAUGUAGCACAAGUUAAUGCAGAUGGAACUGUGUAUCUGCACACCGCUGUGCCCUCAGAUUGCUAUUCAUCUGUCUUAACUUUCACUAAACAAUAUGAGCAACAACUCGAUACUAUCCAGGACUAGACUUUACUAAGAAUAAAGGAUUACCUUCAGUGACGCGAAACUGAACCUUUAAGAACGGAUGAUGCUUUAAAGCACACGGGUGCAUCUCAAUGACUUUGAAAUUCUUAGAUCAGGUAAUUUAAUAAAGUAAUUCAGAUCAUAGAGCUAAACUCGUAUGGAUUCAUCACAUACAGUGAUGCGUUUCAAACUUUUUAUUUUUUAUUUUUUUUCAACCGAUUUUUAUGAUUACGGCUAACAGACGUCGGUCCAUGUGUUCCCACAUUCUACAGUAUAUGCAUAAUUUGGUCGUUGUUCAUUUUA